GAGAGAGAGAAAACACUGCAGUCUUCCAGGCAGCACCGUCCUCUUGCGUCAAGACUCCAAGGAGCAAAGGAAGAGAGGGGAGACUCCUGCUCCUUCUGCAGAGCAGGCUUCUGCAGCGAAAUACACACAGCUCCCUACUGCAGGCAGGGCACGAUCCUUCUCCUCCCUUCUGAGCUCUUUGACCCCACAUAUUCCCUUCCUCUUCCUCCUCUCCUCCACCCCACCUCCGGCGGGACUAGGCUGUUCAAGAACCCGGCGGCGCUAAGCGACUUUCCGCGGCUGAAGUGUGAACCCCCCCCCCGCCGUUCUGGAGCUGCAAAGGGCCCCCUUGUGAGUCCUGCCCCGCUGCAGAUCGUGUGAACACGGGACGCUUCCCCAGGGUUAUAGACAUGCUUAUUCAUGUCAGCGCGUAUAACAGUGAUGAUAAGUCCCAAGUGCUGCAGAGCUGUAGGUGUUUUGCCUCUAGGGUGCUGAAGGAGUCUAUUGAAUUCUGGCUGCUGGGCAUGCGCAGUCAGCAGAUUUCUGCCUAUUGCAAGCGGCAGGGUUAGCAGAGCGAGCAGACGGAGGCUUGAAUGUCUGUCUAGCUAUUAAAAUCGACAAAACAACGCUGCUUGGAAGCAAAGGUGGAAUUUCAGUGCCCAUAAUCUUCAUCCCUCCACAUGGAGAUAUUUUUCAGAGCUGCCGUGGAGCAGGGAUUAAAGAUAGAAAAGGAAGACUCGGCUGACCGGGAAGCAAGAAAAUGCCCCAAGGCCAGACAGGUAGGGAGCUGCCGGGAAUUUUGGGAAAGAGCUAAGCAGAAGAUGCUGGGAGUCGAAGAGGACACCACCAGCCCAGGUGUGCAGCAUCAAAGCUUCAGGCAGUUCUGCUACCAGGAGACCGAGGGGCCCCGAGAGGUUUGCAGCCAACUCCACAGGCUUUGCUGCCGGUGGCUGAAGCCGGAAAGGCACACCAAGAAGCAGAUCGUAGACCUGGUGGUGCUGGAGCAGUUCCUGACCAUCCUGCCCACGGAGAUGGAGAGCUGGGUCAGAGAAUGCGGAGCGGAGACCACUUCCCAGGCGGUGGCUCUGGCCGAAGGUUUCCUCCUGAGCCGGGCAGAGGACGAAAAGCCGGAAGAACAGCAGAUGCAAAACCUGCUGUCAGAAGCCGGCCCUGAUUUCCCUGAGGCUGAGGAGGCUCCAUCGGACAGCAGGCAGGGGCUGCCCCCCAGCGGGUUCAAACAGGAGGGUGAUGGAGGUACGGCCUUGCUAGAUGCUGGAAUGAAAUCGCCUAAGCAUCCUCAACCAUCUCGCCUUUCUGGAGGAACAGAAGAAGCCAGAGCACAGGAUCAGGUCAUAACUCAGAACACAUGCAGUUCCUGGGAGGAAUGGCUUGUUUGUAUGUGCGGAUGGGCAUCUGUGACCUUUGAGGAAGUGGCUGUGCUCUUCACGGAGGAGGAGUGGGCGCUGCUGGAUCCGGCCCAAAGAGCUCUGCACAGAGAAGUCAUGGAGGAGAAUGCUGGGAGUCUGGCCUCUCUGGAUGAGAGUUGGAAGAAUGAGGGGAAACCGAGUGGAGGAAUUUUGAGAAGUACAAGAUGGGAAAAGAGGGAGAAACUGACACGAAAAAUGGGAGCAAAAUGGAAGAACAGGAAUGGAUCAUCUCCUUCUCAUCAUGGAAUUAAAAAAAUGAGUAAAGAGAGAGAGAGGAAAAGCUUUCCUCUUAGGAAAAGCUCCAGUUCAGAACUAACCUCUCAAACUCAUUGGGAAAUGCAGGAAGGGGAGAAGCCGUAUAAAUGCUUGGAGUGUGGAAAGAGCUUCAGCAAGAGUGGAAACUUUAUUUUACAUCAUAGAACUCAUACUAGGGAGAAACCAUAUGAAUGUGUGGAGUGUGGAAAGAGCUUCAUCACAAGGGGAGAUCUGAAUAUACACCAUAGAAGCCACAUUGGGGAGAAACCACAUAAAUGCAUGGAGUGCGGAAAAAGUUUCAGCCAGAGAGGAAAUCUUUUAAUACACCAUAGAAUCCACACUGGGGAGAAGCUACAUAAAUGCUUGGAGUGUGGAAAGAGCUUCAGCCACAGUGGACAGCUUACUAUACACUUUAAAUCCCACACUGGAGAGAAACCACAUAAAUGCUUGGAGUGUGGAAAGAGCUUCAUCACGAGGGGAGAUCUUACUAAACACCAUAGAACCCACACUGGGGAGAAACCACAUACAUGCUUGGAGUGUGGAAAGAGCUUCAGUCAGAGAGGAAGUCUUAUUACACACCACAGAACCCAUACUGGGGAGAAACCACAUACCUGCUUGGAGUGUGGAAAGAGCUUCAGCACAACAACAGCUCUUACUGUGCAUCAAAGAACUCACACUGGGGAGAAACUAUAUGAAUGCUUGCAAUGUGGAAAGAGCUUCAGCCAGAUUGGACAUCUUAAUGAACACCAUGGAACACACACUGGGGAGAAACCAUAUGAAUGUUUGCAGUGUGGAAAGAGCUUCGGCCAGCGGGGAGCUCUUACCAGACACCACAGAACCCACACAGGGGUAAAACCACAUAAAUGCUUGGAGUGUGGAAAAAGCUUCACUACAAGGGGAGAUCUUACUGUACAUCAUAGGACCCACACUGGGGAGAAACCACAUAAAUGCUUGGAGUGUGGAAAGAGCUUCAGUAAGAGAAUAAAUCUUAUUACACACCAUAGAACCCACACUGGGGAGAAACCAUAUGAAUGUUUGCAGUGGACAUCUUGCUGAAUCUGUUGGAGAUACAGCUGCUGUAGCAUUGACUUUUUGAAGCAAGCUAUGGAAUUUCCCUUUGUUCCUUUCCUUGUAGCUUUAGGCUGCCCUGCUUAGUAGAUUGAUAUUCUUCGGUAGCAAGCAUUAAUUGUCCCCUUUUCUGAGCUGGGCCCACCCAGCUUUCCAUUUGGAUGGGAUAAACUAUUGAAUUGAUUGUUAAAGACAUCCUAAUGCUUGAUACUAACGAUGUCAGUGAGAUGCCACUGGAAGAUUAUGUGAAUUAAAAUUUAAAAUAAAUCAUUGCUUUGUCACA